UUUGUGAUACAACAUUCUACCAAUAAAAAUAAUAAUAAUAAUAUACAGAAAUCUGUAAAGAAUAACCCUAAAGCUCUUCCAUAUCUUCAUAUAAAUCGUGAAAGUUCAAUUAUCCUUUGGGCCAACGCCAAGUAUAUAUACUUCUCAGCUUUUCCAUUAAACCUGAACAUUGCUCGACCCAUACUUACAUUGAACAUGCUUUAAUGGAAUCAAGUCGACCAUUUCAAUGCUAUUAUUGCAGGCAACGGCUCUCACAAGCAGCCAAUCCAAAUUACAGACCAGUGAUCCUCUGCCCAGGUUGCAACCUUGAGAUAAAAGUAAAGAGAUCAGCCAUUUUCGAUGCGGCCAAUGAAGGGUUUGGCCCAGUUAAAAGCCUCUGUCCCAAUAUCAGAAACUUUCAGCAUAUCAGUUUGUUGAGAAAGAGAACUGAAACUAGCCCUAGAAGGUCGACACCUCUGAAUAGUAAGCCUUCUCCUUUUGAGAGAUCAUUCAAGCCUCGACCAAAGAAGCGUGCUGUGCUUUGCGGAGUGAGCUAUAAGGAAACCAAGUACAAGCUUAAAGGAACUAUCAAUGAUGUGAAGAACAUGAGGGAGCUGUUGAUGACGAAGUUCGAAUAUCAGAGCGAGGACAUUCUUGUUCUCACCGAAGAUGAAGAUGAAACACACCAUCCAACAAAGAAGAACAUCGAGAAAGCUUUGGAAUGGCUCGUGAAGGAUUGCGGAAAAGGAGAGUCACUUGUAUUCUACUUCUCAGGCCAUGGCUUACGACAACCUGAUUUCAAUGACGAUGAAAUUGAUGGCUUCGAUGAAACAAUUUGCCCUGUUGAUUUUAAGAAAGAAGGCAUGAUUCUUGAUAAUUAUAUUAAUACUACCAUCGUUAAGCCUCUCAGAGAAGGUGUUACGCUUCACGCCAUUGUUGAUGCUUGUCACAGUGGAACCAUUCUCGAUUUAGUGUAUAUUUACAAUCGAAACACAAAAAAGUGGGAAAAUAAUCAUCCUCCAUCUGGUGUCAGCAAAGCUACAGUAGGUGGCCUAGCUAUUUGUAUCAGUGCCUGCGAAGAUGAUAAACUGGCUUCCGAUACUUCUGCAUUCACCGGGAAGUCUAUGAAUGGUGUCUUGACUUAUAUAUUGAUAGAUAACGUCAAGAAAAAUGAAAAUUUGACAUAUGCAGAUUUGCUUGACAAGAUUCAAGACGCCAUUGAUCAUUUUAAUACUAAUGAUCAUUGUCUCGUUGGCUCUAAAUUCUUGCAGAAAUUUUUUACCAACAGAAUAACACAGAAGGCCCAACUUUCAUCUUCAGAAAAAUUUUGUGCUUCCAAGAGGGAAUUUAAACUCUGAAGCACAUGUAGGAUGUUAUUGUUCAACAGAGAAGCUGCAUAUCAAUGGAUGUACUCCAGCUCUGUCAACUUACAAAUCAUGUCUGGAAUAAAGCUUACUAUUAAAAAUAAAAUAAGUAUUAUAGAAUUUAUUAAGGGUA